AUGGAAGACGUAUUGUCUCGUGCUUGGGCUCAAGUAAGGUGGGAAGAAGAUGUUGCUAGUAGGGCUAAAGCCGGUCCGAAGUACGAUCAUAAGUCAUCAAAGCCUACUAGGAAUGACCGCGAUGAGCCCUCUCACCCCAAGAGAUGGUGCGAAUUCCAUAGUGACCAUGGUCAUACUACGGAGGAUUGCAUAGCCCUGAAGAUGGAAGUCACCGAGCUCCUCAAGAAUGGCUACCUAAGGGAGUUCCUCUCGGAUAAGGCCAAGAACCUCCUAAAUAAGGAAGGUCCCGGUCUCCCUACCGAAGCUACUCCCGCAAUGCCACCACAGCAAGAUCUGGUGAUCCAUGUCAUCUCAGGCGGAUCAGAGGUAAGCGGAAUUAGCAGUGCCGCUGCCAAGAGAAGUACUCGCAACGCCAGGAAUGGCCAAGGGACCGAGGGUCCUAAGCGCCUACUCCUCGGACCAGAUGAGAUCAGCUUCACUUCAAGGGAGCAGGAGAGGGUCCUGGCUCCUCACCACGAUGCUCUUGUCAUUUCACUUUCCAUAGCAAACUUCUUGGUCAAGCGAAUACUAGUAGACAAUGGGAGCUCCAGCAACAUAAUCUUCCAUUCGGCCUUCGCCGACCUAGGGUUGGAACCUAUAGCUCUAACCAGAAAGGCGGCUCCCCUUGCAGGCUUCAGUGGAGAAGUCAAGCAAACCUUGGGAGAGGUCCUUCUCCCCGUGUACGCCGAGGGGAUAGACCAAGCCACGAAGUUCCUGGUCGUCGACUGCCUUUCAUCAUACAACGUGAUAUUGGGAAGACCUUGGAUCCACGACAUGAGAGCCGUACCUUCAACUUUGCAUCAGCUGGUCAAGUUCCCAACCCCCUGGGGCAUUAAGGCGGUCAAGGGAGAUCAAGAAAAUGCUAGUUCCUGCUAUCAGACUACCCUUAAGGGAAAGACUCAUGUCUUAUAG